GUAUUAUAUUACUACUGUCUAUCAAAUUGUAAUGAUUGUAUUACUUCAUGAAUUUUACUCAACAGACUGUACGUGCUUUGUCAUGCUUUGCUUUCUGUUUUGUAAGACGUUGCUUUUGUAGAUUUUUGUCGGUGCAUCUCAAGGGGAUUAUCCUAAUAAAUAAAUGUCUAUAUAUUAUCAUUAUUCUCUCUGCUCUAACUCCCCCUUUUCCUCCCCCUUUGUCUCUCAGGGAGAAUCUGGCCAGUGACAUGUACCUCAUCUCUCAGAUGGACAGCGAUCAAUACGUGCCAAUCGUGACGGUGGCGAACCUGGACCACGUGAAGAAGCUCAGCACCGACGUGGAGCUGAUCGUGGGCAUUUUACGAUCGCUGCCAUUGGUCCAGGUGGAUGAGAAGGGGGAGAAGGUGCGGCCCAAUCAGAACCGCUGCAUCGUGAUCCUCAGAGAAGUUCCUGAGAGCACUCCUAUAGAGGAGGUCGAGGCUCUUUUUAAAGGAGACAACUUACCCAAAUUCAUCAACUGUGAAUUUGCCUACAACGACAACUGGUUCAUCACCUUCGAAUCGGAAGCAGACGCACAGCAGGCAUAUCAGUAUCUCCGAGAGGAGGUGAAGACUUUCCAAGGGAAGCCUAUUAAGGCGAGGAUAAAGGCGAAGGCGAUCGCCAUCAACACUUUCAUGCCAAAGAACGGUUACCGUCCGGUGGAGGUGAACCCGUAUGCCCAGCAGCAGCAGCAGCAACAACAACAACAACAACAACAGCAGCAGCAGCAGCAACAACAACAACAACAGCAGCAGCAGCAGAGAUACACGUCGUACUACAUCCCCCCGGUGUACAGCCCCCAGCAGCAGUUCCCUCUCUACAGCCUCAUCACGCCACAGGCAUGGUCCGCCACACACAGCUUCAUCGACCCCACGCUGGUUGCACCAUUUCACAACAACCAGUUCAUCAAUGGAUUCACCACAUCACACGGUUUCAAACCCACGACGUCUCCUCUCACCGUCAGACACUAUUCUCCCAGGAACAGGAGUCACAGUAAACCUCACUUGAGGCCUUCCCUCCCGACGGCAGAUCGCAGCGCCGGGCUUCUGGACAACCCGGGGUUAUUUCCCAGCUUCCCCAGCGAGCGUCUGAACGGGGUCCGCAGCAGCCCCCCCGCCCGCCCUCCCCCCUCCACUCAGCCCAGGACCCGGCUGCCCUCCAGCAGCUCCUUCCCCCGCAGAGACACCGCCGGCACCGGCAGGGUGACGGAGCCCCCCACCCCUGAAUACUCCCUGGGCAUCGGGAGAGGAAGAAAAUGUUUUUUUACUUCUAGGAAAAAGAGGGAUGAAAAGUUUACAAGAGUGACGCCCCAGUCGCCGCCUCCCCCCCCAAAACCUCCGUCUCCGAGUUUCGAGCUGGGCCUCUCCAGUUUCCCUCCUCUCCCCGGAGCCGCCGGGCAGCUGAAAACCACAGAAGAAGUGUUCGACAACCGGCUGGCCAGCAGCGUCGUUAUCGGAAACGCUAAGGAGCGGAAUGUAAGUGCAGAGUCCAGUUCUGGAUCAGUUCUGUCUCCAGCGGGUCCAAAAGAACCUCUUCGCUCCUCGUCCUCUCCGAAGCCUUCGAGCUUCCAGCCGUCGCCGACCCCCUCGACCUUGACACCGGCCUCGACCUUGACCACCGGGCCGCCGCUAAGCCCCGCCCCCUCCCUCCCUGCAGCGGAGGUGAAGGUGACGGAGGUGAAACCGAAGGAGGUGCAGCUGUCCGUGGAGCGAGUUCCCGGCACACUGUCCAAUGCCAGCAAAUCAGUGCAAGUCAACGGUGCUGCAACAGAGUCGAGGAAGCCCUCCUACGCUGAGAUCUGUCAGCGGGCGAAGGACUCCUCGUCUUCAUCGCAGCAGCUUGGGACCCCGAAAGAAGCAAAGCCAGGCUGCGCUGCCCCCGGUGGCGAGGAGAGGAAGUGCCCCAGUGACGCAUCAGAGGCCAAAACCAGAGAGACAUACCCCCCUUCCUCCUCUUCCUCCUCCUCUUCCUCCUCUUCCUCCAAACCCCUCACCCCUGGGAGACACCAGAGGGAGGCUCGGAGGCCGGCUGGACGCUGGGCCUCCCCGCCCCCCCACAUCGGGAAAACCCCAAACAGAGAAACCCACCAAACCCCGCCCAAAUCCCCGCAGUAAAAAAAAACAAAAAAAAAAAACAGAAAUAUAAGUCAGGGCUACUCAAUGCUUAUAUCCCAGAAUCAGCAUCAGUCACAUGGAUAGGGGACGCCUUCUCUUCUGGAUCAGGGCUUGCAGACAAAAAGCACUUUACUGUGCAAUGUAGAGCACCUUUUCAUUCUUUUUAUUCUAUUUAUUUCCUUUUUUUUUAUUUCAGUUUUGCCUACACCCCGGGCACAGACAACACUGAAACAUGUCUUUUUUCUUUCAUUAGUCCAAAAG